UCGGAUUCACCACCGGAGGACCUUCCCGUACUCACUACUCGGACCGCUCCGUGCUCAGUAAACUAACCUAAACCCAGAAACGAGCCGAAACUCCGUUUUCACUUUGUUGACGCCUCGUUUACAAUGUGAAGAAAAUGGCCGGGACAAGCUCUGAUUGGGUGGAGAUCCUGGAGCCACGCUCCCGCGAGCGUAUGUAUGUGAACUUGACCACUGGUGAGUGCGGCUGGGAUCCCCCUCCAGGCGUUCCUGUCCGCCAAGCAGACGGUAACCAGUGGUGGGAGCUGUUCGACCCCCACAGUGGCCGCUUCUACUACUACAACUCCACUGGCCGCCGCACAGUCUGGCAUAGACCCCAGGGAGCCGAUAUAGUGCCCCUCUCCCAACUUCAGGCCAUGAAACGAUGCAGUGAGGCCAAGCAGACUGGAGGAGGCGUGGACAGGCACCACCAUGGGACCACGGGGAGUAUCAGCAGCGUAGGGAGCCAGGGGCGCUGUACCCCUCUGCCCGAGCAGGACGGAGACAGCCCGAUCCCCACAGCCUUGGAGACCAACAAGGAGACUGGCAACCCCGCGAUGGACCCAGCAGUGGAUAGCAGAUCGCAGGGUGACGGAAGUAGCAACGAACACAGCGCAGAUGGCAGCAAAGACCCACAGAGAGAUGCUUCUCAGAGAUGGCAGCCGGCACCUGGUUCAAAGGCAGCCAUGUUGGUGAAGGUGAACAGCAUGAGCCGUAGUCAGCCCAGUCCAGCCUUGCAGCAGCAACACCUCCAGCACAGUCCACACACCAAAGCCAACACCUUCACCCUGCACCCCUCCAGCAACAAGGCCCAAGGAGGACACUUAAGCUCCACCCAGGGAUAUAAAACUGCACCCUCUGGCAAAAUGGCAGCUGACACACGUCAGGCCCAUCACCUGAGAAAAGCCAGUAAUGGCAGCUUCUGUUUGGUGACAUCAGACGGUAGCCACCCGAGUCCGCUCCUUCACAGGUCACAGACCAGCACACCACGCCCCGUCUCUCCUCAGUAUGGUUGCACUGCACCGAUCUAUGAUGAACCAGUUUCAGACUGUCCGAUAUAUGAUGAACCCCCAAUAGACAUGGAGGUAGAGGGGGCACAUCUGUACAACGGACAACCUCUGUCUCGCCUGACACCUACCCAUAGCCUCCAGAAGCCCAGACACCUCCAGCACCCUAGUUCUUCUCAUCCAGGGUCCAGGCAUAGGAGGAAUCCCUCUGCAUCUGACUACAGCCCAGCUGGUCUGGAGUGCAUCAAGCACAUGGUCAAUGUGGAUCCCAAGCAGGGGCUCCUAUCCGGGUCUCCUGUACCCACACGUACCCCUUCCCCUACCUCCAGGCAGGAUCCUGUUUUGACCCAGCCUCAACCACAUCCCCAGCCCCAGGCCCACUCUUUGCCUCAGGCUCGAGGCCAUUUGAGGGACAGAGAGACAGGGACCCCGGGCCCAAGUACACUGGACAAGAAGCAAAACUGGCGAGUCCUGGAGGCCACUGUACAGCGCGCCAUGGAGGCACGACACAGCAGGCAGAGCAGCCAGGCCUCGCAGGACUUCCCCUCCUCGACCCCACAGGCCACAGCAAACUAUCAAGACUCUGGUUACUCCACUGGCCCCUCCCCGAGUCUGAGAAGAAAGAGCAGGAGGAGGGUAGGAGCCGGUGGUGGUGCAGGCGGCAGGCCAGGGUCAGUAGGCAGCAGCGGGGAGCUAUGUGCCCUCAACGAGAGGCUGAUGGCUGAAAUGAGGGAAGUGGUGAGUCGCUCCAACACCAUGAGGGAAGUGAGAGCGGGGCUGGACCCAGAGAUGGGGGAGCGGGUCGUCAUACCGCGAACGCGGUCCCCAGCGGACUCCCUCAGGUGGUACGGAGGAGGGGGGUCAGCAGGCAGGUGCGCAUCACGAGAGGACCUCACUGGUGCUCCCCGGUCACUGAAUAGGGCUGGUAACCAUGGCAACCCUGCCCUGACCCCUCUGGAGAUACCAGGGAGGCAAAAAAGGACAUAUGAAAAGGUGGACACCCUGGAGAUGAGUGUGAAUAGCCAGGCCAGCCUUUCCUCACCAGAGACCCCAGGACCACCCUCCCAGGCGGGCACCCUAGAGCUGCAGGCUCAGUUGGAGAGCCGAAAGAAAGGCAUGGUGGAUGGGCGGACCGCAUCCCUGGGCCCCCACCGCCCUUCCAACCAUGACAACAGAGAGGGAGGUGAUGGGGCAGGAGGGAGAGCAGGAGGAUCCUCCUAUCCGCUCUCCUACGCCACCCUGCGGCAGCCCCCGCCUCCCGACAUGGGCAUGGAGGACUGGGCCAGCAAGCACCUCAAUAUGCACACACAAGGCCUGUUCCGUCGCCGCGUCUCCAUCGCCAACAUGCUGUCGUGGAACCGCGGAUCCAUCAAAAAGCCCAUGCUCGUCACCAGUAACCGAGCUGUCAGGAAGGAGGCCUGCGAGAUGUUCAAGCUGGUGCAGGCCUACAUGGGAGACAGGCCUUCGCGCUUGGAUCGCCGUCACUGCGCCCUGCUCAUCGUCACCAAGUGCUGGGACAUGCCGGGGCUGCGGGACGAACUGUACGUGCAGCUGGUGAGGCAGACCACGGGAAAUGCCAGCCCCAGAAGCUUGGCGGCGGGCUGGGAGCUGAUGGCUGUGAGCUUGGCCUUCUUUGCUCCUUCGCCCAAGUUCCGCUGCUACCUCGAGGGCUACAUCCAGAGACACACGGAGCCCACUAGCGACAAGAAAUGUGAGUCUCAGACUGAGCAACAGGUGACUCAGUUUAUUCUGGAACAGCAGGAACUAAAGCUGAAGAAGAAUUCAAAGUCCAGAAAGAAGAGAAAACAGAACACGGAGGAGGAAGAGGGCCUGCCUAUCAGCACAUACGCCAAGUUCUGCCAUCGGAAACUGCAGAAGGUGGCUAUCACUGGCGGCAAAAAGGGUCUACGUAAGCCCACCUUGGAGGAGAUCGACCACAGUAGGCGGGCCAUCGUCACCCCCUCCCUGUUUGGCAGUUCUCUGGAGGAGGUGAUGGAGAGGCAGAGCGAGCUCUUCCCAGACAGGAAACUGCCCUGGGUGCAGGUUCAGCUUUCCCAGUAUGUCCUGGCUCUGGGCGGAGCUCAGACAGAGGGCAUCUUCAGAGUGCCCGGAGACAUCGAUGAAGUGAAUGCAUUGAAGCUCCAAGUGGACCAGUGGAGGAUCCCAGAGAAUCUCUCUGACCCCAAUGUCCCCGCCUCUCUGAUGAAGCUGUGGUAUCGGGAGCUGGAGGAGCCGCUCAUCCCCAUGAACUUCUACAAGCAGUGCGUCAGUAACUGUGACGACCCAGUGGCGGCCAUCGCUGUGGUGCAGUCUCUGCCUGAGCUCAACAGGCUGGUGCUCUGCUACUUCAUCCACUUCCUGCAGGUAUUUGCUCAGCCAUCCAACGUGGCUAUAACCAAGAUGGAUGUGAACAACCUGGCCAUGGUGAUGGCCCCCAACUGCCUCCGGUGCCAGUCCGAUGAUCCACGGAUCAUCUUCGAGAACACACGCAAGGAGAUGUCCUUCCUGAGGAUGCUCAUAGUUCACCUGGACACCAGUUUCGUCGAAGGGGUUGUGUAGACACUGUAAACCACCUCACGUGCUGGAUCAGUCCUUCGUUACACAUUUACAAUCAUGCAUUAAACACUGUCUCUGCUCAGACCACACUGGAAACUCUUACAACACAAGGAGUGUGAAAACAGCUUGGACUUUGGGGCCAUUGUGCUCUCCUGCUUUGUUACUGAGAGACAAUACACAUCACCUUAGGUUUCACUGUGUUUUUUGAUACUAAGAUCCACAGUGAUGACUUUAAAGGUCCCAUAUUUUAAUACUCAUGGUUGUAUCUGUGCCAUUAAUGUGUAAACACUUCUGUAAUGUUGUUUACAAAAAACCAGUGUGGAUUCGAUCUCCCUCACUUUUCUGUCCCAGCCAGACAUAGACAGAUUUUGCUGCUAGGCAGAAGUAACCGCCCACUGUUCUUCAGCAAACACUCUGAUUGGCUAAGCACAGAUCAACUCAUGAGGCAGCCCGGGAAAAGAUUUGGUGGACAGCUACAGUAACCACGGCUACAGGAUCAGUAAGAUGCAAAAUGUGGAUCACAACACACACAUACACCCUGACAGCCGCCACACUGUCGCUCCCUCACUCCCAUUCGCCUGCCCACUCACUCACUCUGCUAGCUUACUGUUAGCCGUUAGCCUGCACUCUACAGUUAAAAGUCUAGCCGUGCCUGAAACUGUCAAGGCUGCCCGAAUGGCAAAGUCCUUGCUCUGUAACACAACUGCUGACAAAACCCACAGAUGACUCAGCUGCUGGCUGCCUAUUGGUUAUCUGGUAUUGCCUGAAACCAGAUCCAGUUCUUACUGGUUUAUAAAGCCAUGGGGGCGUGCUGUGGGGGAGCCAGAGAAAUGGAAGUAGCGAGUGACUUCAUUUUUUUCACAGCUUUUAUUUUACUCCUCUGAGUUUAUAAAAAACACAACAGAAACCUAUUUUCAAGAUAUGGGACCUUUAAAGUGGUUCACUUUUAAUGACUGUGUUUUCUAACCGCUGCAUGUGAAAAACGGAUUUACUCUUUCAUUUCUUACUGAAUGGGUUGUAUUACAGUCACAUUGGACAACUGGGCUGUGUAAAAUCUUAGAGUCUUACAGUAUUUACUUCAGAGUAUUCAGUUGCACAAAAACACUUAAAGCAGCAGUGUUGAUGCUGUGCUUCUUUUAUUUUUUGGCUCUCUGGUUUCAUUCAACCGGUGUUUGUGUGUGUGUGUGUGUGAGAUUGUCAGUGUGAACGACAGACACAGCCUUCUUUUAUCCUGUACAGAAAACUGAAAAUAUGAAAAGUAAAAGAACUCUUGUAAUGGUGUCUUAUUAAUAAGCUUGCCUGUGCUGUUUUGAGUAGUUGUACUGAUAGCUGGUCUGCUCGUAUUCCAUUUUACGAGAACACAAGAAGCCGCGCUGCCACAACUGUUUUGACAAGAGUACAGACUCUUCCUUUUAAAGCACAAACUGGAAUGAUGUGCGGAAAGCUCUUUGUAACGGAUGGUGGUGAUUUUUCUAAGCAAAUAAACUUGGAAGUGCUUUGAUUUUACGACUCUAAAACACUCAACUGAAGCCAGACAAGAGUGUUGUAAUUAGACUUAAUGUCAUAGUGAUGUGGGAGGCUGAUUAUUCAACUGAUAAUACUCUUUCUCUAUUACCUAUAAUAAGUCUUUGAAUUGGAAUUGUUCUCUUUUGUUUGUGGUCUGUAUGUUGUUUUGGCUCAGGUCUUAUGAUAAAACGGGUGUUGGAUGUGAUAACUGUACAUGGCCUCCCUCACAGAAAAACCGAUCAAUCUACCACAAACCCCCGUACUGAGAAUGGAGUAUCGUUUAACUGUCAAGCACUAUGAGAAUGUAGAUUAAGCUUUCUGUGUCCCCUCUCAGGCUUUGCCAAUGUAAAUACUUUCAGUGUGUAAAUAGUAUUAACUCUCCUUAAGUGUAUUCUAGUGAUCCAGGUUAAGGGUGAAGUUAAAUGUUGCUGUAAAGAGCAAUAAGAACCGUGUUUUUGUAAUUAACUGUUGAUUUCUCUGCUGUAACCGCCUGCCUUUUGAACACAGGACUGAUUCAAACCACUUUCCAUGUAUGUAUAUGUGUGUUUGCAUACCUUCUUGUUAAAAUAUGGAAUGACUGUCCAUAAAUAAAGGUUUGUUCAAUUGUA